GGGCCGCUGUCAGAGAGCCGAGGAGCGGCGCCCGCCGGGGCUGCGCUUUCUGGUCCUGGUCCUCAUCGGGAGGAGGAGGAGGAAGAAGAGGCUGCCGGGCAGUGGCAGCGAAAUGGCCGACAACCGAGCCAAGGCCCCAAAAGCGGCCAACCAGACACCCCCUAAAUCUCCGGGGGACCCGGGCAGGGACAAGGAGGCCAAAAGGCUCUCGCUCGAAUCCGACAACCCCAGCGAAGGAGCGGCGGCUUCGGAGCUGAGGGACCUGGAAGAGGCCUUCCGGAAGUUCGCCGUCCACGGAGACACCAGGGCCACGGGGAGAGAGAUGCACGGCAAGAACUGGUCGAAGCUCUGCAAGGACUGCCACGUGAUCGACGGGAAGAACGUCACCACCACCGACGUGGACAUCGUCUUCAGCAAAAUCAAGGGCAAAUCCUGCAGGACGAUUACGUUCGACCAGUUCAAGGAAGCCCUCGAGGAGCUCUCCAAGAAGCGGUUCAAGGAGAAGGACGGCGAGGAAGCGGUCCGAGAGAUGCACCGACUCAUCGAAGGAAAAGCCCCCAUCAUAUCCGGAGUGACGAAGGCCGUUCUGUCCCCGACAGUGUCCCGGCUGACGGACACGACGAGGUUCACGGGCUCCCACAAAGAGCGCUUCGAUCCCACCGGCAAGGGCAAGGGCAAGGCCGGGCGUGUGGACUUGGUGGACGAUUCGGGCUACGUGCCGGGCUACAAGCACGCCGGCACGUACGACCACAAGGUUCAGGGGGGCAAGUGAGCGGGGCGGGAGCCAGGGGAGGGGAGGGCACUGAGGUAAAGGGUGGGGGGCCUCCCAAGCCCCCGCGUCUGUCACGUUGGGAGCCGGAGGCGGGAAGGGUUUUCGAGAACUGGAACUCUGCGUAACGGGUCCGGAGCCCGGGGCGGCCCACCCUCGCCUCAGAACAUUCCUCCUGCUUCCGCCGAAAGAGGUAAGAUCCUCGUGGCGUCAAGGAUCGGGCAGAGAGGCUUUUGCCGACCGUCCCCGGUCUCUCGAGCUGAGCGUCUGACGGUUGUCCCGUUUCUUCCCCAAUUCCCGGGUCCCCUUUCCCGAGGGCCCCUUUCCGCACGCACACAGGAUUCCUUUCCUGUUUUUCCUGCCCGGCCCGACAUUACACUGGGGAAGUAAACGGAAGAGUUUACUUCCGUUACAAAGUUUAAAGAGGGGGUUCUGCUCCGGGGAAGAGAAUUGGGGGAGCUCGGCCCAGGCAUUCCAGCCGGAGUUUCCCCCUCCCUCCUCGCCAUCCCAAAGGGGAAAUAAAUAACUCGCCUUUCCCCCAAGCUGAGCCUUUGAAACUUCGCACGUUAGCAGAGUUGGAGAUUUCCACCGGGAAGGGGUUGUGCCCUGAAAACCUGAAGAAAACCAUAGACGUGUUCUCCAUCGCAGACUCUUGUCGUUAGCGUGUGCUUGUGACCUGCUGUGUUGUGUGUGGGUGCCGAUUUUGUUUACGUGUGGGCUCAUCGAGAACCUGUCCUUGAGCCCCAGGUCACCCGGGGAGAGGUGAGAAUGGAACAUGCCGCGAUGAGCCUCCCCGGUGUGAGUCGAACUCACCUCCGGGAGGGAUGGAUGGGACCCCACUGAGACGUCCGCAAAUUGCGGCCCGGCCGAGGGCCCCUGUUGGCUUCCUCUAGAGCCCCACCCUCUCCCGCAGACACUGGGGCGGAGAGACUUCUAGAAAGUUCCUCCCGGACUCGACCGAACGCUUCAUUCCAUCCGGGCGGUGGUUCUGUGCAAACCACGGGGCCCAACGCCCGCCCGAGGUGAGACGUCCGUCGGCCUGGCGUUUUCUGGGUAGUCGGCGGGGCGGCUUUGGAAUGGCUUCCGGCCCAGCUGGGCUGGAGAGGGGGAAAUAAAUGCCAGGGCGGGAGAGCGCAAGGAGAAGCAGGUGGUUCACUUCUCCCGUGGAAGCAUCUGACGUCCCCGGCGCUGUUCUGUCAGCGGUGAGCUUCCCCGGCCUGCUACUCGGCUUCGCCUCUCGCUGCGGACUACCGGAUGGCCCCGGCGGGUGAGCCCUGGUCGAGCCUUCCCCUGGCGCGGGCUCCCAUCCGACGCCAGGAUUUCCCUGCUACCCAACUGUUUCCCAACGGAAGGGAAGAACCAUUUAUACCCCUGAACCCUGCGGUUCAGGAAUAGGAAAGCUUGGCCUCGUUCAACCGAUCUCCUUCUGCCUGUGUGGGUCCAUUGCUCCAGAGUCAUUCCUCCAGGAUCUUCCCACCUGCCAUCUUCCCUGCACCACCCCGGCUCCGUUUUCGCCGACGCCGAGCGUCUCUGAGGGGUGAGGGUCUCUCAGAGAGGCUCGGCUUCUCUCCCAGCCUACGCUGGCUUUCUUGAGGUCUUCUGAAGGUUCUCAGUCAUCCCCCCGCUCACGGCCAAGUCACCGCCUCGUUUCCGUCGAUCCAUAACGUCCGCUUUCUCCCGGAGCGUUCUGGGUGUGGGUCUCCGGACCCUCUUCCGCUGACCCUCCCUCUGCUCGGCGGGUCACCCGCACCAGCCUCUCGCUCCUCUGCCGACCCCGAGGUCAGCAUGCUGCUUUUACCACCCAACUAGAUUUCGGCAAAAGACGCAGCCGUGACGAGACAGAGUCCUCGUCUGGGUAAGCUUCAGCGCUCGGCUGGGUUGCGCGGCGGAGGUGUUUCAAGAGUGGAAUUUGGAUGAAUUGUCACAGAGGCGGGUGCAACCCUUUCAGCUCCUAGCGAGUCGCCGGUCUCGUAUCGUUGGCGUUCACCUUCAGCAAAUUCAGUAGGAUUCGAUCUCUGGCUUCCCGCGAGGAAGAGGAGGGAAGGUGGAGCCUUCCUGGGCUAGUUGAACUUGUAGCUUAAAUGAACGGAGAGGGUCCUAACUCGACCCAAGUCAGGUUGCGGCGGUGCGGUGUAGUGGAAAGAGCAAGGAUCUGGGAACCAGGAGACCUGCAUUGUAGAUCUAGCUCUGUGAUGACGCCGUGUCGCUUUACCUCUGGAGGAAUCGAUUUCCUCAUCCGCCUUUCCCUCCCCCAGAGGGCUGUUCUGAGGCUCAAGCGAGCUCAUUGAUGUGAAAGCGCUGUAGAGAAAUAAGAGCACUUGACAAAUGCGAUAAAAUUUCAAUUCCCUUCUGCUCGAGCGUUGCUUUCGGCAUAGAUUAACAUUGAGCUAGCCUGGCCUAUCGGGUUCACUGUGAAGUUUUCAAUCUCCUAAAAAUCCCUUUGUCCCCCCCCUCCACCAAGAGCCCCUCGGCCUUGCAGAUUUUUUUCUCUUGGCAGACCGAUUUACUACUGAGGACUUCCUGAACUAGUGCCCUCCCGCCGUCUGAGCCUCACUGUAGCGAGCUACACCGAACAGCGGCACUGGUACUUUGCCUCCGGAACAGGGGGGAGGCAGGAGUUUUCCACAGCGAAAGGCACUGAUGUUUAGCCACAGGAAAGGGGAGGUGCUGCUAUCACUGGCUCAAGGGUCUGACACAGACCGAACAGGAGGGAAAGAAAGACAGUCGCUAGACUUUCCAGCCAGGAGCCAGGAUUCCCUCGCUUCGAACCCUAAUCAUUUAGCUUCCUUCAUUUCCUUUUAACGAAACUUGAAAGGGGAUCAUCUACUACUAGUUUGUACUAGGUUUUUUCAGGAAAGGGAAACAAAUUUAAAUAUAUAUAUAUAUAUAUGCGAUAUAUAUUUUUACACCGUUUUAUUAACGCUAGGAAGUAUUAAAUAUCACUUUAUCGGUUUGAAUGUUUAAGUAUUGACAACGUUUGAGUGUUGAAACUGUGUAGUUGUCUUGCUCGAUUCUCAACCUGCAUUAAUCCCGAACAAGCUACUUUGCCGGAAUAAACACUGUUAAUCUCGCCGCUUCUUGUGAGUUCCAGGGAGGCAGGGUCUCACUAGCGCCGUCGAAGCCGUGGCUCGCAAAUCUCUAGGCAAAUACGUGUUGGAUUCAAGUGGUUUCUUGCGGAGUAUAGCGACUCACAAUGUGUACGUUUCUGCUGUUGACUGUGUAAAACUCUAUCUUCAGUUGGUAAAGUGAUCAAUAAAUGUGUUCAGAUGCUGUCA